AUGGUUCCUGCAAAAACGGCAUACAUAUCCGAAGUGAGAGACAUCCUUUUAUCACCACCAGCUACAGACAGGUAUGUAAAGUUAAGAUCAGAAUUGAUUAAGAGACUCAGUACAUCACAACAACAAAAAAUUAAAAGACUACUCGAGCAUGAAGAAUUGGGCAAUCGGGCAAUGGGCAAUUUACAGUCUUUAGCAAGCACAACGGUACCAGAUAAAAGAUUUCUGUGGUUAGGUAGAAGGCCAUCCUUUACACAGCCUAUUUUAGCUACCGAAUCACACGCUGAUUUAGACACAGUUGCCGAGCUAGCAGAUACAAUUUUCGAAGCCGUACCUCCUAGAACACAAAUCUCGCAAACGGUCACUGCUCUUGAAAGAACCAUCGGAAAAUUAACAGCCGAUUUAGCUGAACUGAAAAUUCAGCUAGCUAAUAUCGCAACUGCUAAACCACAAACUAAUACAUACUGUCGUAACCGCAGCACCUCAAGAGGAAGACCAUACCAUAGAAACAGAAGCCACAGCAGGGAACAUAAUAGUGAUAUAUGUUGGUAUCACUACCGUUUUGGUAAUAGUGCUCAAAAGUGCACACUACCAUGCAAGCACCAGGAAAACAACACGGGCAAUCGGAACUGA